UGUAUUUUAAAAGGGGAUUGGUAACAAAAAUGCUCGCAAUAUCUUAAUGCAAUUUUGGUACUUUAGCAAGAUACAUAAAGUCCACACGCAUGAUUUGCUCUUGUGGGCCACAUUAAAUGAUCAGGCCCGCCGGACCUCUAGUUUGACACAUGUACUUUGAGGCUUCUUUAUACUCGCACGGACCGUGUCCGCGCUGACGUCACUGCGGCUAUCCGGCACGUAUCCUUUAUACUCUAGCGGAACCCACGUGCGCAGUUUUGAAAAUGUACUGCAGUUCACCUCCAAGUCGAGGGUGUCGCUACUGCUGGUUUUGGCUAGGACACCACAGGGUGGAGUUUUCUCUGCAUUUUUUUGGCCAUUUCUGGGAGCCUUUUUACUUUCCUUUCAGUAACAAGGAACACAGCAACAACAAUGGUAGAACAAAUGGACCCUGAUGACCAGAUGAUGCGUUUAAUUAUGCUGCAAAAUCGAUCGAGAAGGUGGCGGUGUAUAUGGUAUGUACAACCAAGGGGCACGCUGAGUAUGUCAUCACAACAUGUGACUAAAACGGACCAAUCACAAGAGAUGAUCUCCACGGCGUUCGACGACUAUUUUUGCCGUGUGCGCGACAAGCUACGCAGAGGGGCCGCGUGGGGCAAUUCGUUGUCGACCGCGGGAGUAUAAAGAAGCCUUUAAAGGAGACAUAUAUUGUGCAUUUUUUUUCAUAAUAUAAACCAGUUCCCGGGUAUCUUAACAUGCCUGUCUCAUGCUUUUGUCAAGAAUUUUAGAAAAUUAUUGACUCGUUUUAGGCGUGGAGCUGUCUGUUAAAGUGAAACAGCCCACAUACUGCUGGGCUAAUGGCGAGCUCAGUUUUCAUUAGAAUGACAACAUAGUGGGCAAGAAGUGUGCGUUGGUCCUGGCUAAUGGCUGUCUCCGUGACGAGUGUUCGUGGUGGCCAGCUGCUCGGAUCUUCUCGCAGAAGCUGAACCCAGAAUGUGGCAAACAAGUCAGCACCCAAGUGGUGACCACAUAUGAGACGACUGUCCUGCAGAUGAGCCGUUGGUGGGGGCAGUUUAGUCGCUGUCGCAGACCCAGAUAGUUUGGCGGCAGCGGCAUCGCACCCCCACCAUCUCCCCACUAUGCCCAACAGCAGUCGGACGGGGAGCCUUAAGGACCCCGAAAUUGCUGAGCUCUUCUUCAAGGAAGACCCAGAGAAGCUCUUCUCGGACCUGCGCGAGAUAGGACACGGCAGCUUUGGCGCCGUAUAUUUUGCACAGGAUGUGCGAACAAGUGAGGUGGUGGCCAUCAAGAAGAUGUCCUACAGUGGAAAGCAGUCCAGUGAGAAAUGGCAAGACAUAAUCAAAGAGGUGAAAUUCCUACAGAGAAUACAACACCCAAACAGCAUCGAGUACAAAGGAUGUUAUCUGCGAGAGCACACUGCUUGGCUGGUGAUGGAGUAUUGUCUAGGGUCUGCUUCAGAUCUGUUAGAGGUGCACAAGAAACCCCUACAAGAGGUUGAAAUUGCUGCAAUUACCCAUGGUGCUCUUCAAGGUUUGGCCUAUCUUCACUCCCACAACAUGAUUCACCGAGAUAUCAAGGCAGGAAACAUCUUGCUGACAGAGCCAGGCCAGGUCAAACUUGCUGAUUUCGGCUCGGCCUCCAUCGCCUGCCCUGCCAACUCCUUUGUUGGGACGCCAUAUUGGAUGGCCCCAGAGGUGAUAUUGGCUAUGGAUGAGGGCCAGUAUGAUGGAAAAGUGGACAUCUGGUCUUUGGGAAUAACCUGCAUUGAACUAGCUGAGCGGAAGCCUCCACUGUUCAAUAUGAAUGCAAUGAGUGCCUUAUACCACAUAGCACAGAAUGAGAGCCCCAUGCUGCAGUCCAGUGAAUGGACGGAUUAUUUCAGAAACUUUGUAGAUUCUUGCCUUCAGAAGGGUCCCCAAGAUAGACCGAACUCUGAAGAGCUUUUAAAGCAUGCGUUUGUCCAGCGUGAGCGUCCCGAAUCGGUUCUAAUAGACCUAAUAAAUCGGACAAAAGAUGCAGUGAGAGAACUGGACAAUUUGCAGUAUCGCAAAAUGAAGAAGAUUUUGUUCCAUGAAGCCCACAAUGGCCCCACAAUUGAAGCUCCGGACGAGGAGGAGGAGCCAGAACACAGCGUGGGCAGAACGGGCACGGUAAACAGUGUGGGGAGCAACCAGUCCAUUCCCAGUAUGUCCAUCAGUGCCAGCUCCCAGAGCAGCUCUGUCAACAGCCUGACUGAUGCCGGUGACGAUAAAGGAGAGGUGGACAUGGAGGGGGACCACACCGUCAUGUCUAACAGCUCUGUCAUAAAUCUCAAACCGGAGAAAGCAGCGUACAACAAAGAUUCAGAACCUCACGUUCGAUCAACUGAGCCUCAGUCCCAGCCUGCCAACACCCCACGGCCAAAACGGAACCGAGAACACUUUGCGACAAUACGCACAGCCUCAGUGCUCACACGGCAGAUUAAGGAGCAUGAGCAGGACUCUGAAUUAAGGGAGCAGAUCUUGGGCUACAAGCGCAUGCGGCGGCAGCACCAGAAACAGCUGAUGGCCCUGGAGAACAAGCUAAAGGCAGAGAUGGAUGAGCACCGACUACGUCUGGAUAAGGAGCUGGAGAACCAGAGGAACGGCUUUGCUCAGGAGAUGGAGAAGCUGAUCAAGAAGCACCAAGGGUCCAUGGAAAAGGAUACAAAAACCUUUAGCAAUGAUGAGAAGAAAUUCCACCAACACAUCCAGAGCCAGCAAAAGAAGGAACUCAACAGCUUCCUCGAAUCACAGAAACGGGAGUACAAACUCCGCAAGGAACAACUGAAAGAGGAGCUGAAUGAAAACCAAUCAACACCCAAGAAGGAAAAGCAGGAGUGGUUGUCCAAGCAGAAGGAGAACUUCCAGCACUUCCAAGCAGAAGAAGAGGCAAACCUGCAGCGGCGGCAAAGGCAGUAUCUAGAAUUGGAGUCCCGCAGGUUCAAACGGAGGAUCUUGAUUGCUCGCCACAACAUCGAGCAAGAUUUAGUGCGGGAGGAGCUGAACAAACGUCAGACCCAGAAGGACCUGGAGCACGCCAUGCUCCUGCGGCACCACGAGUCCAUGCAAGAGCUGGAGUUCCGCCAGCUCAACACCAUCCAGAGGACGCGGGCCGAGCUCAUCCGCCUCCAGCACCAGACGGAGCUCACCAACCAGCAGGAGUACAACAAGAGGCGUGAGAGGGAGCUGAGGCGCAAGCACGUUAUGGAGGUUCGCCAGCAACCCAAAAGCCUCAAGUCCAAAGAGCUACAGAUCAAGAAGCAGUUCCAGGACACUUGCAAGAUCCAGACCAGGCAGUACAAGGCCCUGAGGAACCACCUGCUGGAGACCACACCAAAGUCAGAGCACAAGGCUGUGCUUAAGCGCCUCAAGCAGGAGCAGCACCGCAAACUCGCCAUCUUGGCCGAGCAGUAUGACCACUCCAUCAACGAGAUGCUGUCCACUCAGGCGCUUCGUCUGGACGAGACUCAAGAAUCCCAGUGCCAGGGCCUUAAAAUGCAGCUUCAGCAGGAGCUGGAGCUUCUGAACGCCUAUCAGAGCAAGAUCAAGAUGCAGACGGAUUCGCAGCAUGACCGCGAGAGGAAAGAUCUGGAACAGAGGGUGUCGCUACGCAGAGCCCUGCUGGAACAAAAGAUCGAGGAGGAGAUGAUGUCCUUGCAGAACGAUCGCUUGGAGCGAAUUCGCAGCCUGCUGGAGCGUCAAGCACGAGAGGUGGAGGCGUUCGACUCUGAGAGUAUGCGCCUGGGCUUCAGCAACAUGGUGCUAUCGAACGUCUCUCCAGAGGCCCUUGGCAACAGCUUUCCUGGAUCGCCAGCAAGUUGGGGUGUCCAUCUUCAGCAACAGCUGCAGCAGCACCCGUCGUCAGGGAGCUUUCACGGGUCACACUGGAGCGGCGGCAGCUUAGGCGCAGGGUCCAGCCGUCAAGGCAGCCAUCGCCACUACCACUCCAGUCCCAGUGGGCCGCCUCCGCAGCAGAGCUGGGGUCAAGGCAUGCAAGGAGGCGGGACUCCACAGCCAUGGGGCCUCCCCUCAGCGGUGUCUCUCAUCUCCCGCAGUGGCACCGGUGCACAGAACAGCCCCCAAGGCAUGGGAAGGACACCGCCCGGGGAACACGGCGAGCAGGGCAUGAGCAGGAGUACCAGCGUCACCUCGCAGAUAUCCAAUGGGUCCCACCUUUCCUACACAUAAGUUCUGUGUCAGCGCGCACAGAUGUCAAGUCCAACAAAAAAAACAGCAGCAAAGAAAUCUCCCCUCCAUUUUCUUCUACUGUGUGCACACGCGUGGAUGUGUAGUUGAAUCGAUGUUGCUCAGGUGAAAAGGGCUGCAAAUAGCAGCAGGCCCCCCCCCCCUUUGUCCCCUCUCACAGAAAGCAUACAAUACAGGUUUGUUACUUUAGCAACAACAUUUUUACUGAUGCAUUUUUGUUUUUUGAUUGCAUUGUUGUCAUUCAUAGCUCUUGCUCCCAUUUUGCACAUUAAGACACUGUUGAAAGCCUUCCCAUUAAACAAACAAUGAUAUACAUAUACCUGCUCCAAUAGAAUGCCCCCGGCCCGUACCGAUUGUGGUUGUAGACAGCCUUAUAAUGCCAGCCUGCUGUGAUGGCCAUUGGGAUCCAUUUAGACCACCACCAGCCAAAUCCCAUCUCAACCAAAUCAGCAUUUUUCUCCUUUCAGUCCAAGGCUACGAGCUUGACGACUGUGCCUUUUCAGCUUGUUUGAAUGAAAAUAUAGGUCUUUUAUGUCAGUAGUGUGGUAAAUCCCCAAUGGCCCAGUUUAAUCCAUAAAAGCAUAUUUUCCCCCCAUUUCAAAGAAACCCACCUGUUCAGUUUGCUUUCCUUCAUGUUAAAAUAGACUGCCCAUAUGUGUAAAACACGGUCUGAGUGCUUGUUUUAGCAUUCUUAGAAUCCUUAUUUCCACAAGUACCCAAUGCAUUCAGAUGUAUACGCAAUGGUGAUGUGCCGAGUAGUCUUAUAAACUGUGUGAAGUGGUGAGGAACGUAUACAUUUUUUAUUUUAUUAGUAGUCAUUUUAGAGUGGUGGUACUCUUUAAGAGAUGAUGUGACAUAUCAGUGUCCAAUGUGACAUGCUUGCCUUCAAAAACAAUCAAAAUCCGACAUCUUGAUUUUUAUCAGUGCCUUUUUUUUAAAGAAAAAACUGCUGCCUUUUUAAAGCACUUUAUGCUAAAUGCAAAAUAUUUUUAGAGUUAAUAUUUGACUUUAUUGGGGGGCGCAAAAGCACCUGGUUAGAUGUCUUGUUGUUGGGAUGAGGAGUCGGGUAGUAGUACACGGCAAGCCUGGUACGUGUGAGUCGAAAUCCACUUCAGCUGAAUGUGGAAUGCCAUUGGAGUUUUUUUUGUUCUUUCAUCAAACUGAACUGUUGAGGCUGGUUGUGUGCAGGUAAUAGUCAUGACCAUGACAGCAGGCUGGGAGCCACAUCACAUCAUGGUUAGGUGGCAAUGCAAAAACGUGUUAUAUUAAAGAACAUUGUUCAUCAGAACAAAGACUGAAUCAGGAUUGCGUGUGCGUUUGUGAAAGAACACGCAAGUUAGAUGAUGAACAAAUGUGGCAUUGAGCACUUGGGUAUUUCCUUUCCAUGUUGAAGGAGCGACCUUCGUUGCGUGACAAAACCGUUGAAGCAGAGCUGUCAAACUCAUUGAUGUCGUGGGCCACAUGAGAGUGCUAUUAGACUGUGAAAAUAAUAUAAAUGUUUUGUCACCUCAUAUUUCUACAUGUACACAAUUACCGCUCCAUUUGAUUGUUACUUGAAUUUGAAAUCGGAAGUCAUGGAAAAUUGCGGCAUGCAUACAACGUGUCCAAUUUAUUUUAAGCUGUUUUGGUCAAAAAAGUGCAAUAUGUUGAACGUGUAGAAAAAUGUACAGAUUUCUGGCCAAAAUGAACAAACCCAUUUAGCAAGAAAAAAAGUAGAUACUUCAUUUGCAUUAGUUAGCCACAUAAAGUGCUGCAAUUGGCCAGAUCUGUCCCUCGGGCCUUGAGUUUGACACCUGUGCUUUAAAUCAUCAUGACCACCUGAUAGUGGAACCUCCAAAGUUUAACACAAUCCAAUUAACUUUCACAAACCCCAAUUACAAUGGUGUUGGAAUGUGUAAAA